UUGGCAGUUCUCCUUCUAACAGUGGUCACCAGGCCAUUAGGACGAUAUAAAAAGAAGGAUCCAAGAAAGAAUGAUGAAUUACAAGAAGAUGUGGAUUUUGAUGAAAUUGCGGAAACGGUUGACGAUGGCCUUCCAGUUGAUUACAAAGUGAAAACAAUUAAGGCACCAAAUCGCCGUUUGGAGACGAUUGUGAAACGUGUUGCAAAGAAGGGAAAUGCAAUGACGGAUAAGCUUAUAUUUGGGGGAAAAGUGCGAUUGAAUGAAGAGGAUACGAAUAAAAAGAAAUCUUAUAACGUGGAACAAUCGGAUAUUAUCGAUGUUUGGGAGAGUGCCAUAGAAGACAAUCCAUCGCUAUCAAAAGUUUGCCGAAUCGAAGUACAACAGUACAAAUUAAUGCAGAAUGGUUAUGACAUUCAGGUAAAAGUGUGGAAUGACAUGAUCGUCGAUAAUUGGUGCCAUCAUUUAUAA